CGUGCGUGCGUGCGUGUGUCAGUCAAAAAGGCCCUCCCACCUCCUGUAUAAAGGCUCCCAGUCUGGUGUGGAGGAGCUAUUAGCAGAGUGACACAGCUGCCCUACAGAACCAGUGGCAAUUUCAAGAAACCUGUGGAGUUACAGGAGUCAAAAUGCAAUUGAUCUUCCAGUCCUUCCUCUCUUGCUGCCUGCUGGCGACAGUAGCACACUGUGUGGAACUUGAAGUGAAUCCAGAGUUGGAAAAAAGCAUGUGGCUGGGGAGCAGAUUGAGACGGGAUCUUGACAGUGUAUCAGUAGAGAAGACGGCAGAGUCGGAGAACUUUGUCAGACCAGAAGAUAUCAGGGAUAUGUUGCUGCCACAUUCCAGCACUGACAUCAAUGUCCGAGACAAGAGGUCUAAAAACUCAACCAACCAGUCAGGAAGACAAGGUUGUACGGUGGGCACCUGCACACUUGAAGACCUCGUACACCGCCUGCAACAGCUCAGAAACAAGUCUAAGAAUGGGAACCCCCAUGUUAUCAGCUUUUAAAUAUUAUAUAGAAGUUACAUUAAAGUACUUAAAGGACUUUCCUGUAAGCACCAACUGGUUAAUCCCCCUGUUUUCUUAGUGAAAACAUACAGGAAAUGAAAGAUAAGCCUGUGACUGAAUGAAAUCAUGAAUGAUUUUAGUUUUUUUGUAGAGCUCACAGCACUGAUUAAAAGUGCAAUAAUUAGUAAUUAGAUAUAUGUUGGAUGCAAACAGUUCCCGCUUUUGUUUUAAUUCACCGGAAAAUCCAAUUACAGUUACCUUUGUAGUAUGAUUGUGAGCAGGUUAUAUGGACGCAAAAUGAAGGUUAAAAAAACGUAAUUUUAUGUUCUCUAUUGCCAUCUAGUGACAUUAGAUGGGUAAAACUGCUCAAAUUGGGUUUUUGGUUGUUCUUGGUAUGAUCUAUUCAAUUAGAUCAGACAUCUGAAUUCAAGCGAUAGGUGCUUUAAUUGUUCACAACCUGUUCUUUUGCUUUUAGGGAUUUAUUCUUAGAAAAAGAGCUUACAAUGUUACUUCAAUAAAACAUGUGGAUUUGGGGGGCUUCA